CCGUUAAAUAAAAGCCAAAUUGCAGCAGUAAGCAUUUCUUUUCUUUUUUUUUUUUAUUUUCUAGCUGAAUUCUUAGCAAAAAGGGAAGACCAAGGAUGGCUCGUUUCAGCAUUUCUACACUUAUUAUCACAGUACUCCUGGCGCUAACCACUCUCAACUUUGUUGCCGCCACUAAGGGUCCUCUUAUUACUGACAAAGUCUACUUUGAUGUUCAACAAGGUGACGAGAAACUUGGACGUAUUGUCGUUGGUCUUUAUGGCAAAACUGUUCCCAAGACUGUUGAAAACUUCAAGACUUUAGCUACUGGUGAAAAGGGUUUUGGUUAUAAAGGCUCUAAGUUCCACCGCGUCAUUAAGGAUUUUAUGAUUCAAGGUGGUGAUUUCACCAACGGUGAUGGUACUGGUGGUAAAUCGAUUUGGGGUGCUAAAUUUGCUGAUGAAAACUUCAAAUUGAGACAUACUGGCGCUGGUGUUCUGUCUAUGGCUAAUGCUGGUCCCGAUACAAAUGGUUCUCAAUUCUUCAUCACCACUGUCAAGACUUCUUGGUUAGACGGUAAGCACGUUGUUUUCGGUAAAGUAAUUGAAGGUAUGGAUGUUGUGUCAAAGAUCGAAAACUGUGAAAAGGGCUGGAGAGAUAAGCCCAAGGUUGAUAUUGUCAUAGCUGAUUCUGGUGCCUUACCUGUUGAAGCUAUCGAACAUGCUGAAUUAUAGAUUUAAAUACUUUAAUGAAUUGAUUUUUAUAUUCUCAAGUGCUAAUCAAUAAAAGUAAUUGCCCAUAUCAGCCUACUAUCCUCUCUCUUCAGUUUUUUGGAAAUGACGUAAAAGUUUGCUGUGAAAAUUUUGUACAAAGAAGGAAAGUACAUAAAUUUGGGAC